AAGGAAUUCGGUAUAAUGAACAGUAAAACGACGUGUUGCGUUUUCAUAGCACAACUUAAACGUUAUACAUUAGUAAGAGUGUUCACAUUUUUUUAUGAGAAGUCAAAUAUGAGUGCGUGGCCAGAAAUAACGACUGCAAAGUCUGAAAACAGACAUGAAAUUAAAUUGGCGGGAGCCGCAAUUUCGAAACGCAUUUCGGAUGAGGGCUUAGACAAAAAUUUAUUUAAAUUAACCAACAUAAAUCUACUUAACAUCAGCGAUACAUGUCUUUCUAUUAUUCCUGAUGAUAUUAAACUUCUAGUUAACCUACAAUCUUUGUUAUUGUACGGCAACAAGCUGACCGAGUUUAACGAAAACUUAACCUCUUUAUCUAAAUUAAAAGUGCUCGAUUUGUCCCGAAAUCAACUUACCAAAAUACCAGAGAGCCUUAAUAAAAUGAAAGAACUAACGAGCAUCAAUUUUAGUUCAAAUCAGAUUGAGCAAUUGCCGAAAUUCGGUGAUUUUCCAAACUUAAUAAUUGUCGAUAUAUCUAACAAUAAAUUGUCUCUUUUUCCCGACACGGAGAAUGCUAAUAUGCCUCAUUUGACUGAUUUAAAGUUAAAAGGUAACGAAAUCGACUGUAUUCCGAGUUAUAUUGCGCGCAGCUUACCAUCUUUAAAGAAUUUUGAUAUUGAGGGCAAUCAAUUAAAGACAAUUCCAGGAGAAAUAGCCACUAUGUCAAAAUUGAAAGAGCUUAAUUUAAAAGGCAACAAGUUGACUGAUAAACGUCUUAUGAAACUCGUUGACCAGUGUCGAACUAAACAGGUAAUUGAUUACAUACGUGAAAACUGCCCUAAAGCAGAUAGCGCACAAGCUGCAAGCAAAGGGAAGGGAAAGAAAGGGAAGAAACAGGAUGACCCACCACCUGACGAUGUGGGUGACUUGUGCCAUUCUAUGAAAAUAUUACAUGUUGAAGAAAACAUUUUGAAAGUAAUUAUGAUAGAACAAGAAAUAUGGAAUAUAAGACCACACAUCUUGUGUUGUAUCAUAACUGACUUGAAUUUCACCGAAGAUUCAUUUAAAAAGUUUAUUCAGAUGCAAAAUAAACUGCAUGAUACUGUUUGUGACAAAAGAAAUGUUGCUACAAUUGCUACUCAUGAUUUAAGCAAAAUUCCGCCAGGUAACGUCUUCUACACGGCUAAAAUUCCAUCAAAGCUAAGCCUCAAACCUCUGUCUCGAGCCAAGGCAUACACUGGUGAGCAAUUAUUCCAGCAGCUGUCAGUAGAAGCAGACUCAUUGAGGAAGGAGAAGAAAAGGAAUGUGUACUCGGGGAUACACAAAUAUUUGUACUUAUUGGAAGGCAAGCCGAAGUAUCCAUGCUUAGAGGAUUCAGCUGGCAGAGUCAUUAGCUUCCCACCAAUCACUAACUCCGAUGACACGAAAAUGUCCAUAGACAGUAAGUCUAUGCUUGUAGAAGUGACAUCACACUCCUCGCUUGGUGCCUGCAAAACUGUCAUGGACAAAAUGCUCCAUGAGUGCUUGUUACUCGGGAUAGGAGACAUAGAUGAUAGCGGGUUCCACACUCUGAAUGUCCAGCAGGUAAAAGUCGUCGACACUGAAGGAAAUCUCAAAAAUGUUUAUCCCUCACGAACGGACUGCGCUUUCGAUGGGAACAUCAAAGUGUUCCGUUUGCCUAAAAAGUAAUUAAUUUCUACCUUUCUAAGUUUUUAUUUAUGACGUCACUUGGUGCUUUGCUUGUCGUCAAACGACGUUCUACUUUUGUAAUUACACUUGACCAACAGGACAGAUGUAUCUUGAAUUCUCAGUACAGUGACAUUUUGUAUCAUUCUAUUAUUGUCUUAAGUGAAUAAUGUAAAUGAUGUACGGGAUUGCACAAAUUUGUGGCCUGAUGCUAAAAGGUCAAAAUGAAUAACCCUUACUUUUGCCAAUCAGAACAGAAACAAAGAACAAAUAGUGUUUAUUUUAUAUAAAAUGUACCUUUUUGUGUAAUAUUUUUUCGUAUUAGUAAUGUUAGCUUAGCUGUUUUAGCACAAAUAUAUAUAUUAUGUUUUUUCUAUAUCGUUUACUUAAACAUUAUUUUGGCCCUUAGCACCAGGUCACAGAAAUAAUUUUGUCAUUACCUAAUUCGAACCACUCUUCGCAGUGUUGUUUUAAAACUGCGUCUGUUUAAAGCACAUUUUUAUUCGAAUAUGGUGACCGUUUGUUAACAUAUUUGUUUAAGUAGUUUUUGUACUACUUAUUUAUUACUUUAGUUAUUAUUUCCUUCUAAAUUAUUGUGGCAUUGUUGAUUAAUUUAAAAGAAGACAAUUUCUUGAUUUAGAGAUUUCAUUUUUAUGUAUGUUACGUUUCAUUCCAUAUACCAUUGACUGUACUUGUUAAACAGAUUUAUUGUUAUUAAUAUAAUUUACUCAUAAUACUAUGUAUCCUUUGAAUUUAUAUAAAACCUUUUUUUGUUAGAAUAUCACUGUUCUGUUGGAUAAACCAUUGUUAUUUCUACCAUAUAAUUAAUCUUUACAGUAACUGUUUGGUUCCUUACAAAUACAAAUACAAUUAUUGCAAUGUAUAACCUUAUUUCAUAUAAGUUACAUUAGAAUAUACUAAAUGUGUCAAGUAUCCUAGUAGUUGUCUAUGCGUGUGCUUCAUAUCAUCGCACGCGCACCGUAUAGCAUAUGACAAUGUGUAUGUAGUUCAUUAUAAUUCUAUUAUGUUCUUAAGUAUAUAUACGUACUAAAAUAUUUUUAAGAACAACACUAUCACAGAGAAAGGGACAUAUUGUCGAUAUAUUAUUGAAAGUAGACAAGAAACCAUAGAGUAAAUAAAUCAAAAUUCAAUUGAAAAAAAGCGAAUAUACAGAGUAGUCUUAAACUCGUGCACGCUUUGGCUGGUGUGGAGUAGUUUUUGACUGUGAUAAGGGUGUUUGUUAUAACUAAUAUAUUUUACCUAGUCUGAUAUAAAUAUACAUAUAAGUCGACAUGUGGGCAACAGCCAUUAUUUUCUCUAAACAAUUGAUUGUAUAUGACAAUGAUCUUUAUUUUUUUAAUAUUGUAAUAUUUUCUUACUUGAAAAGGUAAUAAUUACAUUUCUAUAUAGUUAAAUAAUAUUUUCAAAUAUCUCGCCGAUUUACAUGUGUUUUGGAUGGUUAAGAAUAUUUUUGUAUUGGUCGAAUCUGGCUUUGUGAAUUAAAUAUUUAUGUAAAUUUAAAGUCUAAAAUGUAGACUAUAUACAUUUACUUUUAUAGAUAGUUUGAGUAAUUGUGUCUGUUUUUUUUUUUAUUCAAACAGUAUUCUAGUAACAACUUGAACUUAUAAUGAAUACUUCAUUACAUUAAUUAUGGAUCUAUGUUAUUUACUCAAAUUAUUUAUUUUUUUCAUUUAAUAGCUAAAUAAACAGCACG